UCUCGCUAGAACCCUAGCAAUGUAGCUUCUCGGAUCGACCGAUAGCGAAGGUACGCAUUUCCAGCAAAAUCGUGGCGAUCGCGCGCGAUUUACCAUGGAAGACGACAGCGAUGAGGAAGCCGUAUACGAUUUCCAGGCACAGGACGACGAUGACAGGAUAUUUCAGUCGGAUCAUCACCAGGAGCUCGAGUUUGAGGAUCCGGCUGCUCCAAGCAAGCCACUGGACGCUGCUGAUUUUUACAGCUCCACAUCCAAGUACUUCGCAUUCAAUCGCGCUGGCCAUCACCUCAUGGCGCAGUCGAUCCUCACUUCCAGAGCUCCUUCCUUUGAAGAAAUCUGUGCUGCCGAUCCCGAUAUCUCGCUGCGAGUCCUCAAGAACAGCCUUGGAAAGCAAAGCCAGGAGUCCGCAGUGCGAUCGCGGUGGAAGGAUAUCCAGGAAAGGCUGGUAGCGGUGGUGGCAGUGGAUGGAGAGGAGCAUCUCUAUCACAAAGACAACACUUCGCUUAGAAUCCCAUACCGCGAGCAGUGGGGGGAGAUCUUCCAGCGAGCUCACGUAGAAGAAGAAGAUGGUCAGCACUUGGGAUGGAAGCAAACUUUCAAGAGGAUCCAGCAGCAGUGGUGCACAAACACUCGGCGGUAUGGGAUCCUCGACGCUUUCAUCCAGGAGAGCGUCUACGCUUGCCCCGGCUGUGACUUCUCGCGGGUUCCAGAGCGGAAGAAGAAGGAGGAGCACAAGUUCUCGCAGAGGAUGACGGUGGCGACCAGGGAUCUCCCGCGAGCCAUGGAGGAGAUUGCUGUCAAGUACAAAGUUCUCCUCCGGAUCGAUCGAGCUGACAAGGUGUCGAGGAACUCCGAGGUGAAGGACUACGUUUGUCACCGUGGUCGUUCCAAGCGUGGUCGUGGCAACAAAGUUUUGGGAGGAGGUGGUGAAACGAAGGAUGCGAAGGUCCGGGAUAGGAAGUCAUGCCGUAUCGGGUGUCCAUUUCGGAUCAGGGUGGUGAUACCAAUCCAGGCUGGCGAGGGGACUACAGUUGUGAGAGACGAAGCACUCGCUCACAUCUUGCUCUCUCCGUUUCAUGACGGCCAUCGUCCGGGGACGAAAGAGAACUUGCUCUCUUUGCCGCCACAUCCGUCGGCUAUAAGGUACUGUGAGCAUGAUCUCUACGACAAUGCGGGGAACGUGCAGGCUUUGGUGAAAGCUUCCGCGAGCAGAGCUCCGUUCCUCUACUUCCAGGCCAGUGAGGGCGAGCAGGCCAGUUACCGGUUUUUUCUUCUUUCCAAGGACGUUGAGCAGCUCGCGUACAGGAUCAAGUCAAGAGUCGAAUCCAUUGGUGAGGACGAUUGGUCUGCGUUACAUAUGGAAGCACAGCGGCUUCAAACGCAAGGAAAGGUGAUCUUUUACCAGCCUUAUGCGCCCAACCAUCCGGACGAGGACAAGCGACCAUUUUUGCUUGUGCUCCAGGAUCCUUGGAUGAGGGACUGUGCCAAGAGAUUCUCGGUGGGAAGCUCGUGGGUGGUAAGUCGGCUUCUCAGAGGCAACCAGUUUGGUCUGUCUCUCUACGCGGGGAUAGUUCCAAACCAGGCAGGAGACGAGCUUCCCAUAUGGAUGAUGCUGUGUUCCUCGGACACCGACGAGAGUGUAGCACUGAAGAUCACACUCCAAGAAGCUUUCAAGUGGCUGGGACAUGUCAGGCCGUCCGCGAUAGUCAUCGAAAAGUCAGUGGCCGAGUUUCGAGCGGUGCAAGCAGCGGCGAGCAAGGAUCCAUUUUGCUGGAGAAACAACACUCUAGGGGGUGAACAGGUCGCGAGCCACGUACUUCUGUGCUGGUCUCAAGUCCGACGCGAGUGGAUGGAAAGUCUAAUGCCCGAAGCUCUUCCCACGCAGCGAAGAGAAGUGUACCAGGCGCUCAACCAGAUGAUGCUGGCAACCACGGAGCACAGUUUGGACUUCCUGCUCCAUUCGUUCAACGAGAAGUUCAAAGACCACCUAACGCUGUGCGAGCACGUAAAUCUCAAGUGGGCGGGACAAAACUGCGUGUGGAGAAGAAUGUGGCCAAAGUUUGGAAGGAUGUUCGAGCACGGGGAGAUCGAGACGACGAACUUCGCCGAGAGAGUCUGGAGCUACAUAAAGUACACUCUCCUGAGGGGCCGGAGCAAGUGCAAUAUCCUGGGACUACUAGCUGCGCUGGUUGGAUCAUCCAGUGGUCGCCAUGGCGAAGUUCUAGUGGAACACUACAAGCAAAAGCAAACAGCACUCGACUCGGGAAAGCUUUGCUCUCAAGUCGGCACGAAGCCUCAAAAGAAACUCAUCGGCGGCGACUACAUACUGGAGCUCUACGAAUCGGACGUGAGCAUGGUGGAAGUGGACGACGAAGUCUCUCUCCAGUUCCGGAUGCGCAGCGAGAUCAUCCCGGACACGAUCCACUCGCUGGCGAUGCAAAGCUCCUCGUGCGACUGCUACGAGCUAGCCCCGGUCUGCAAGCACGUCCAAGGCAUGAGGCUCAUCAUCGAGAAGUACUUCCCGCAUCUGUGCGCGCUCGCGCCGCCGCUCGACAGCCCGGACGUGUUCUCUCUCCAGCACACAAGCGACGACACUCCUCUCGAUCUCCACCACUUUGUUGCGGCGGAGGAUUCUAUGGAGCUAUGUGGAAAUGAUGGUAGCAACAGCAACAGUAACAACAACAACAACACCACCAGCGGCAGCGGUGGCAACCGCGAGCUCUCGGCACUGUGCAGUGAAGUUAAAACCGAGCUUCGCAGGCUCCUGGCUAUCGCGUCGGGCUUCAAUGCCACCGAGAGAGCGCUGGUGCUAUACAAUGUGAGAGCUCUCAAACAAAAGCUACAAGCAUUCGACAGCCUGGAUAGACCACCACCACCCAAAACGUUUCAUUGAUUCAGAACCCUUUGGGAGUUGUGUUGCUAGCCAUCUCGAAGCCACUUGUACAAUUACGGAAACAUAUGGUAUGGCAGUAUGCUUUAUCGAACGAAUAAAUUAUUACAUAAUUCUAUUCUAUUUAA